AUGGCUUCCAUACACGAUGAGGACGAACGACUACUUGCACAGAUCGGCUACAAACAGGAACUUCGACGAGAGUUCAACAAAUGGUCUACAAGAUCUUACGCAAUAUCAGUCCUAGGUGUACUGGGUUCCCAGCCUGCCACGUAUGGAGUACCCAUCUCUGUUGGCGGCCCUGCUACCGCGGUGUGGACAUGGUUAAUUGGAUCCCUUAUGGCAAUGGUGAUUGCUUCUUCGGUGGCUGAGCUCGUCUCUGCUUAUCCCACGGCGGGUGGCAUGUACUUUGUCACCAAACAUGUCGUCCCACAAAAGCAUGUAGCGAUAUGGGCUUGGAUCAUUGGUUGGUGCAAUUUCCUCGGUCAAGCAGCUGGCGUGGCAUCUCUCGCAUAUACAAUCGGGCAGAUGCUUUUGGCUUUGGUCAGCAUGAACACGGAACUCUCCGAUGGCUCAUAUGCAUUCUCGCCCACGCCGGCAAUGAUCGUCGGAGUGGCAAUAGCCAUGCUUUUCAUCUUUGGCACAGUCUGUUCUCUAACGACAAGGGGUUUGCAUCGCACGAUCAUGUGGUUCGCACCCAUCAACGUCCUCGCAACGGUCGGGAUCUGCGUUGCAUUAAUCGCCUUGACCGACGACAAACGCAAUGUGAGCUUCGUCCUUACAGAUAUUCGAGACGGUUCAGGAUGGGGAUCGAGAGGGUUCUCCUUUCUCCUCGGCUUCUUGAACGUCGCAUGGGUUAUGACCGACUACGAUGGCACGACUCACAUGUCUGAAGAAACGCACGAUGCUUCCGUCGAGGGACCGCGUGCCAUUCUCAUCGCCGUUCUUUCCUCCGGUGUACUUGGCCUGGCACUGAAUGUUUGCCUUACGUUCUGUCUACCACUGGACUACAUGAACUCCAUCGUCGGUUCUCCAACAGGCUUCCCCGUUGCUCAGAUCUUUCUCAAUGCAGGCGGCAAGGCUGGUGGGUCAGCUAUGCUCUUCUUCGUCAUCCUAGUUCAGAUCUUCACGGGAGCAAGUGCCAUGCUUGCCAACGCUCGAAUGGUCUACGCCUUUGCCAGAGACGAAGCUCUACCAUUUUCAAAGUUCUGGAGUAAGAUCAACGAACAUACCCAUACACCCGUCAAUGCCGUCUGGUUCGUGGUCGGCUUCUGCACUUGUCUUAACUUCAUCGGAUUUGGCUCGACCGAGACAAUCACAGCCAUCUUCAACCUCUGUGCGCCCUGUCUGGACCUCAGCUACAUCGCAGUCAUCUUCGCGCGACUGUGGUAUGCUGGUCGCGAAGACGUAGCACCCUUCCGACCUGGAAAGUUUGAGCUUGGCUGGAUGAGCAAGCCAUUGAAUAUCACGGCCAUCGCAUGGGUGAGCUUCAUCAGCGUCAUCCUAUUCUUCCCGACCUCUGUGCCCAUCACGGCGACGAACAUGAACUACGCGAUCGUCGUAGCCGCCUUCGUGGGCGUCUUCUCUCUCGGCUGGUGGUGGGCCGGUGCUCGCCACAAAUACACUGGUCCGAGAACGCUGGAACUGCUUGUCACGGUGCCUGAGAGCGAUCCUGAUGAGCGCCAGUCACAUGCUGGUCAAGACAUUACGUCGAGGAAUGCGUACUCGAAACAGACGGACGACAGCGAUGUCUAUUCGUCGAGUCCGGAUUCUGACGAUCCGCUUGUCCCAGCAAUGACUUCUGCGGCGGGACCGCUCGACAGGACUUAG